AUGAAGAUCCCUCAAUCCCUCCUCUUCGCUCUCCCUCUGCUCCAACCCGCCUCCGCCUUAGUGGGAAUAUCCUGGAGUGUAUCAGACGCACCUUCAUCCGGACUCAAGGAGCUCACCUUCCCAAUGAACGUCGCCGACGCACCCCACGAAACAGGAUUCUACUUCGCACAACAAUUCAACUUCGUCGGUCAAUCAGACGUUGGCUACACAGGUCUGCAGCCACGCGAGGACUCAAACUCCAAGCCCGUUCUGCACGCCGCCUUCUCCAGCUUCAUCGCGGGCACCAAAUCCAGCGACGAAAACUGCAGCGAUGGCGCAGAUGGCGGAUCAGGUGUAAGCUGUGCCGUCGACAUUGAGGGCGCGUAUGCACACACUUAUCUGCUGCACAUCAACAACACUUUUGGAACGACAUGGGUCGGAACAUUGGUUGAUUCUGUUAGCGGGAGUGAGACUCGCAUCGGCUCAUAUGAGCUUCCGGCUGGCUCGGAAGGCAUCAAGGGCUCUCAGAUGGGCUUUGUGGAAUAUUAUCCUUGGAAUGCGCAGGCAAGUCAUCAAUGCAGUGAAUUGCCGAAGACUGCUGUUACCUUUGGCAAGCCGGUUGCUGAAGGGUAUGUUGGUGGAUUGGAGAAGGCUUAUGAGUAUGGUGAUUGUGUUGGACAAGCUGGGUUUGAGACUCAUUAUACCACUGAUGGAGUUGAGACUUCUGUUGGGUUUUGA